AUGGCUAUAUCUCUGAUCAGAGAAAAAAAAAGAGUAAAGGCUGAAGACACACAGAUCUACAGAGAGGGGGUACUGGGUCAGUUAUCUGGUGGACAUUGGAGCUUGCAGGAGGGCUUGGGAAGGAGAGAUGAAGGAGGAAAGGGGAAAAGCAGGAGUUUGAAAGAAAAAGCUGAGCUGAAAUCUGGAUGGGUGGUGGAUUAUGAUAAGGAAGGGUCAGUUUUACGUAUACGUGGGAAAAAUAUCCUGGAGAAUGACCAUGUAAAGAUAGGGGCUUUCCAUACUCUUGAAAUUGAGCUACACCGACCAUUUGUGUUGAGAAAGAAAAGGUCAGAUACGUUGAGUUCAACUGAAAUCUGGAGUCUGAGAUAUUAA